CUCUGAGCGGUUUAGCCAUGGAUUACACUCGAAUAAUCAGCUUUUACCUGAUUUGCAUGGAAUUUGUGCCGACAACGUUAUCGAUUUGUAUACCGCCCAACCACUGUAUUGAGGACAUGGAAUAUAGCGAUGUGAAGGAACGUUACGCCUAUGUUCUGUCCAAAUACGCUGAGCUGGAUAUGAAAAUUAACGGUGAACCUCUUGGAUUGCGGGGCAAACUUGUCACGCAUGGCAACACCGAGGAGCAGCACAUUGUCUUCCAGCUGUUGGACAAUACACCGCACGAUGUCAUCCAGAGCUGCGUGUUUAUUGUGACCACCGCCACAAGUGCAGCCAAUGGGUGCGAGUCUAUUGUGACCGUGUGCAAUACAUUUUUGGGUCGAACGCCGCGUCCACUGCUGGAGCGGAAGCCGUUGACUGUCUGCCAGGAUGGUGUGGUGCGUGAGGCGGAAGUGGAAGAGGAAGAGGAAGUCGUACCCGGACCGGAUGCAAACAAGGACUCUGAGCAGGUGGCCAAGGAGGAGUUGGCUACUUCAUCGCCGGAUAUUGUUGCGACCAGCGACAGUGAGCUCAUCUAGUCGACUGAUUAGAGUUUCAAGCUAAACUAAUAUUUUAUUCAUUACUGGAAAGCUUGCAAAAAGCAAGCCCAAAAUUAUGCUACAACAUUUCAGAAGUUUAAUAAUUUUCAUGGACCUUAAAUUAUAUUAUAGCUUUGUUGAUAUACCAAAUAGUUUCUUAUUAAAACUCUUAUUAA